AUGGCCAAGAUAAUGUCUAGAAAGUAUUGUGUGAGAUUGGCUUCAGUGCUUUUCUUGGCAUGCCUUAUGGGUCCUGCCAAAUGUAUGGAGAUGGACGACACAUCAGAAUACACAAGGCCUGAUAUAGUGGAUGCGGGACCUAAAACAAUUCACUGGUUGUGUACCCUUGGUCUGCUUCUCAUAGUGCCUUCGAUAGCUGCAGUUUUUUCCUUUGCUGGGAAGCUGUAUUUGUCGAUGUUUCUGCAGUUAAUCUCAAUGGUGUACUCCAUUAUAGAAGCCCUGAUUCUGAGGUUUCCCGAUGGUGACGGAGUUGAGAACCGCACUUCGCGGGGUACUGCUUGGUUUUUAACAGCUCUUUUGGGCUCAACGAUCUUAUUCGGGAGUUUGGCUACUGGUACUGGUGCUCUGGCUCAAAAUAAGAGGCUUCAGACAUUUGUCACCAAAACGGGAGAGCACAGGCUUCACAUCAUUCACAGAACACUGUCUUUUGCAGUUGUGUUGACUGGGUGGGUAAAAACCUGUCUCGCUCCCGUAGCUAUGUUUGGAUUUUGUCGCGACAAUCACACCGGUCAAUGUAUAGCUCACGGUGUGAUGGGAUCUGCCUUCGUUCUUUAUGGCUUUGUUUAUUCUAUGGUGCUGAUCAUACCCUGGAUACGUAAUCACGAAGGCCCUUACUCUCAGGACCGGAUAGACAGCUGGGUUAUGUGCGCAUGGGGUAUUGUGAACACUUUUACAGAGCAUCGCUGGGGCAGGGAAGGUUGGGGUCACGGAGACUAUCAGCACACGGCCAUGGGUAUAAUAUGGUGGGCAGGUGGUCUUCUAGGAAUCUUUCUGUCUCGUGGAGGUAGACGGACUUUCGUGCCAAGUCUUCUCAUCAUCUUCACAGGCUGGGCUAUGUCCGAGCACAGUCAGCACUUACUCAUUAGCACAAAAGUUCACAGCCUCUUCGGUCUGGUACUAAUGUCCGGAGGUGCACUUAGAUUGAUAGAAAUCUCUUUUCUGCUGAAAGACAGAAGAGCUGCAAGCGAAGUGCUGUCUUUCCAGUACCUUGCGCCUUUUUGUCUGGUAUGCUCGGGUAUUUUGUUCAUGAGUGCGAACGAAGAGCAACUCGUUCUUGCGCUGAGACUUGGAGCGGAUCAUAGCGCCUACAGUCUGGUAGUAAUAUCUGCUGCAUUUGUUACGUAUCUGUGGAUUCUCCUUUGUCUGGAAUUCUACCUGAAGCUGGUGCUCGCGGCCGAAAAAAGUCCUCUGAACUCCUAUAAGGCAAGAGACGUGGCUGAAUUCGAAUUAGACAAUAUUGAUGACAUGAACAGUGGAGAUGAAGGUAGGGCUUAG